GGUGGAAUGUGAUGCUGGAGUGCCAUGCCCAACUGACGGGGCGUGGUGUCCGUGGUCUUCAACUGUCGUCAAGUGUUCUGAACCCUGCGGUGAUAGUGGAAUGGGACUUCGAACGCGUCGAUGCAAUUGUCCAGCUCCUGCUCAUGGAGGGAAACCCUGUAUUAUACCUAGUGGGAAUAAAGAGACCGCCGACCUCAUGAAUACUCAACUCAAAAGGGCAAUAGUAAGAAAUGAGACUGCCUCUCUCACCUCCCUGCCAACAAUUGCAGAUAUUGCAGCAAUUGCUGAUGGCUCUGGAAAGUGGGAUUCAUGCAAUCGGAAAUACUGCCCAUACCUCAAAGAACUAACUGAAGACGAGACAAAAAUUAUUGCCAAUGACCUCCGUCAGCAACAUCCCGAAGCUGUAUGGCUCUGGACUAGCGGUAAACCAGCCAAUCGGUUGGAUCCCAUUGGCUUACACUGCUCCUCUGAUUUGCGCUCUCGAGCUGAAAUUUUCGACAAACGCUAUAGAUUCCCACGCGGGCAUAGCUUUUGGACUCUUUCUAGAAGCAAAUCUUCUCGUCAGCCCUAUUAUUUUGUUGGAAUUCCAGUUAAAGACACCAGACGCCUGCAAAUCACCGAAGAUCGUCUAAUCAUUCGAGGUUUAGAUGAAGCGGAUGAGGGCGUUUAUCGAUUUGGGUAUGAAUAUGAGCCGGGUCGAUUUGCUACCAUAUGCUACUUUGCCGUAUAUCUCCCUAAUAAAUACAGAGUAGUAGAAAGUGGAAAACCAUUUGUAUUUAGUUGCAACGCUUUGGGACUGUGGCCUGUCAUUCAACAGACACCCGAAGGCAUGUGGAGAACGUAUUGGUCAUAUGAACCGGAUGAGAAAGCAAAAUCUCUCGGAAUGAAGCCAAAAAGUGAAAUGUGGUUGUCUGUCCUAAGAGUUAUGAGUUUCACUGAUGAUGACGAUGAUGAUUCAAAUACAACUAAAAAAUACAGAAGUAAUUUCACAGAGCUGACCCUACUUGACACUGAGAAGAGACGUAUCGAUGAGGUAAAGUACUCGAUGAGUGGACGUUAUACAUGCAUAGUGGAAGCUAAACACGAUGGUCUGGCUGCUCGAAAAUUCAUUACGAACGAUAUUUACCUUGACGUUAUCUCUCCACCGUCAUUAAAUCAAAUGGUUCUGCGCUGGUUCCGAACGAAUUGGAAAGCCAUCGUUUUUCUAUUGAUCGUAUUGGGAAUCUUAACCAUUGUCUACAUGAUAGCUGUCAAAGUGCGAGCGGGACAAACGGCGACCCUGAAAAAGUUUGCGGCUGAGGAGGAAGAGAUGAAGAAGGCUAGACUGUAUACAGCUGGAGAUAUUAAAGUGAAAACCACCUAG